AUGUCAGAUCAGGGAGGCCUCCCUCCACCGGUGGGUCCGCUGUCUCGCGCCCUGUGGAAUUUCUCAUCGCUGUGGUUCAUCGUUCCUCAAGGAACGGGUAUAAUAGCCGUGAUCCUUUACCGACUGAGAUACCAAUUCAAUGGGCUCAAAACCCUCGCCACGAUCGUAUGGAUCUACACUAUCGUCCAGCUCGGUCUGUUCCUCAUCCUCUACCUCUUACGCAUAUUUCUACACCCAAAACAUGUCCUACAACAGCUGCGGAACAAAACCAUCGAAACAUCCUGCCUCUGCUGCAUCUCCAUCGCCUUCACCUCCAUCCUCCAAAUGGCCGCUUUCAAAUACGGAGACACAGCCGGGCUGGCCAUUUACAUUCUCUGGUGGGUAAACACCGGCAUGGCCGUACUCGCCUGUUUGGUAAUCCCAUUCGUCCAUCUCAAGAUGCAGCAGUCGGCCAAGCGACACAUGCAGGCUGACACAUUGAUGCCAUUCCUUGCGGCGUUAACGUCUGCCGCAGGUGGCGGGGUUAUAUGUCGCGUCAUGCGUAUCAGCCCCCGUCUCCAGGUCCCUGCUAUCAUCAUCUCCUACCUUGAACUUGGGGUUGGUCUUGCUCUUGUUGCUGCGUUCGAUACCAUUAUACUCGCUCAGUACUUCGGUCGCAAAUUCCAGACAACGGACAUGGUGUAUCAGGAUAUGAUCAUGUGUGGUCCUUGCGGACAGGCUUCGGUUGCGUUCCAGGCCUUGGGCGAGGCUGUUCAGGCCGGUAGCUUUGCGGCGUAUGAUCGCGGUCAGCUGCUAACUGCGAAGGCGGCCGAUCCCUUUGCUUUCAUCAGCCAUUUUAUGGGUCUUCUUAUCUGGGGAUAUGGUAUCUUUUGGUGGUUCUUUGCUAUCCUGAGUAUAUGUUAUACCCUCCACACACAACCUGGGGGUUGGAAGAAGUCACGGUUCACCAUGUCUGUGUGGUCUGUGGUUUUCCCGUGGGGUACCUUCACCAAUGCUGCCGUUGAGUUUGGGAAGCUUAUGGAUUCUCCCGCAUUUGAUGUGUUUUCCACUGCCCUUUUGCUGCUCCUUGUAAUCAUGUGGAUAGUCAUACAGAUCUUGACAUUGAAGGGGAUAGUGACAGGGCGAGUAUUCGGCCUAGAUCACGGAUGGAGAAAACGAUAUGACGACCGACGGCCUGCGGUCAUCAAAGAAGCGUAA